GCAGCCGCGGCAGUAGCGGCUGCAAGGAGGGCGGGCGCUGGAGGGGCCGGGCCAGGCCGGGGCGGGAAGAGGAGACCCGGGGCCUCCCUCCCUCCCUCCCUCCCUCCCAGUGCCACGGCCGCCCAGGAUGUUCCCAUCCCGGAGGAAGGUGGCCCAGCUCCCUUGGGGGGACAGUAGGUCUCUCCUGCCUCGGAAGUACAGUGUGUUCCAGCUAUUCUUUGCAUGCCUGUUCCUGGCCUUCCUCUCCUUGCUCUGGUUGCAGCUCAGUUGCUCAGGUGACAUGAGUCAGGCAGGACAAGGGCAGGAGCUUGUCAGCCCUCCCAAGUCCUGCCCCUUUGAGCCUCCAGUCUCCGUGGAAGAGGAGCCCUCCUGGGGACCCCACCGCCUUGCAGUGUUGGUGCCAUUCCGUGAACGCUUUGAGGAGCUCCUGGUCUUUGUGCCCCACAUGCACCACUUCCUGAACAAGAAGAAGAUCAGACACCAUAUCUUUGUGCUCAACCAAGUGGAUCAUUUCAGGUUUAAUCGAGCAUCGCUGAUCAAUGUGGGCUUCCUGGAGAGUGGUAACAGCACUGACUACAUAGCCAUGCAUGACGUGGACCUGCUGCCCCUCAAUGAGGAGCUGGACUACAGCUUUCCUGAGGCGGGGCCCUUCCAUGUGGCCUCCCCAGAGCUGCAUCCUCUGUAUCACUACAAGACCUAUGUGGGUGGCAUUCUGCUUCUCACCAAGCAGCACUACCAGUUGUGCAACGGGAUGUCCAAUCGCUUCUGGGGCUGGGGCCGGGAAGAUGAUGAGUUUUAUCGUCGCAUUAAAGGAGCAGGUCUCCAGCUAUUUCGUCCCUCAGGAAUCAAAACUGGGUAUAAAACAUUCCGCCACCUACAUGAUCCUGCCUGGCGAAAGAGAGACCAGAAACGCAUUGCAGCUCAGAAGCAGGAACAGUUCAAGCUGGACCGGGAAGGGGGGCUGAACAGUGUGCGCUACCAUCUUGAUUCUCGUACUCUGUUGUCAGUAGCUGGAGCACCCUGUACAAUUCUUAACAUUGCUCUGGACUGUGAUGCAGCUGACACACCCUGGUGUGCAUUCGACUGAGGGGCACAUGACUGGCACCAUCUCAGUCUGCGUGGGGGCAUCUGACCCCAGGACAGCGUUGUUGCUGCUGGAGGGAGAUCUUCAGUAGAUGGGGCUGAAGCUACAGUAUGCUUAGGACGCAGCACCCAGCUAGAUGUGGCCCGGCUUCAAGGAGACGGAGAUCAGAACCACCUUGGCCCAGCUAUGUAGCUGUGCUUUUUCUGAAGACUGAUAAGCCUGACAUAAAGGUCAAUGAGGACUCUUGGACCAGACACUUAGUUGUUAUCCCUGCCCUAUGGGCAGUAAGAAGAGAUUGGACUUUGGAAAGAGGCUGGGAUGCAGAAUCUUGACUCUGGUUCCAUGGGCUGGUUAUACCUGGCCUUCUUUUCCCCAGCAGGAGGCUCUUUCUGCCUUUUGGCCUCUUUUGCCCUUGUGCCCAGUACAGGUACUUGCAAUAGUAGGUGCUUAAUAAACAUUUGAGUUUGGGAUUUUCAGCCUCAUUUUCCUAUUAACUCAGCGAUCCUCCUGCUGGGGCUGUCCACAGGCUCCUUGGUUCUGGGAGACUUCUUGUGUCUUUGUUGGUGAAAAAACAGACUAAGGGAGUGAAAACAUUGUGAGGAGAGAAUUUAGGUUACCAGACUCAGGAUAUCCCCUCAAGUCAACGUGAACCUUCACUCUUUACCUUCGGUCCUGUUUAUGUAUGAUGAGCUCUUCAGUCCUGAGCUUCUAAAGACAUCCCGAAGACCAACACUGUCCUCUAUCUGGGGGACGAAGGAGUCAGAUGGAAAGUGCUACUGCUCUUCUGUCUCAGGUUGUCACCUUGUUAAGAUGGGAUGUCUAGCUAAUUUCUUAAGAAAGGUAGUUGGUUGGCAAUAUAAGCAGAUGCAUCGUACACACUGCUCAGGCGCCCUUCUGGGCCAACUUGAACUGUUCCUGGAAAGAAAGAAGAAUCAUCAAACUCUUGAGCUGAUUUCUUGGGUCAGAAGACCCUGUCCAGUAGCUUUCCAGGGUCCCAAGAAUGAGAACCUGGCAUCCUACAAGCCCCACCCUACCAGCCAGGAUGAUUAGAUUCACUGGAGUGUGAAUCCAAGCUCUGCUAUUUAGUAGCUGUUUGAGCCUGGCCAAAUCAGUUCACCUCUCUGAGACUCAGAGGUUUUCUCAUCUUUGAAAUGAGGGUGAUAAUACUUGCUCUGCCUACCUCACAAGAUUUUUGUGG